AUGACGCCAAAGGCGCGCCGGGUAACGGCGUGCCUCCUGCACACGCCCCCAGUCAAUCAGCAUCACAACGCACUUCGUCCCGCCCCUUUUAUGUCGCGCUUCGGGAAGACUACAACGCCCGGGCCAAUCGGAAGCGGUGCUGUGUGUGUGUAUGUGUGUGUGCGCGUGUGUGUAUGUGUGUGUGUGCGCGCGUGUGUGUGUGAGUGUGUGCGAGGGCAAGUGGGGAGGGGGACUCAGCUCAGGACGGGGAGGCCCUGCUCUCAGGUCCCGGGGUCCCGGUGGCGGCCGGAACGCUAGGUCCGCAGGCAGCGGGUGGGUGGCCCAUCCAUCUCAAUUCCCAUUUCCUAGAGGUUCCAUUUUCCUUCCAGUCUUAGGGGAGUUCCUUCAUAUCUAUUCACCUUCAGAUGGAGACUGCCAUCCAUUAAACCCCUCAAGUAAUCUGAGUUCUGGUUUGCCGAGUGUCCCCCGCCGGCCGGUGCCUCGGCCGCCUCCGCGGCCUCGCUCAUCCCGCCACCGCCCAUCAACACCCAGCAGCCCGGCGUGGCCACCAGCCUGCUCUACAGCGGCUCCAAGUUCCGCGGCCACCAGAAGAGCAAAGGGAACUCGUACGACGUAGAGGUGGUGCUGCAGCAUGUGGACACGGGGAACUCUUACCUUUGUGGGUACCUGAAAAUUAAAGGCCUUACUGAGGAGUAUCCAACCCUUACAACUUUCUUUGAAGGAGAAAUAAUCAGCAAGAAACACCCUUUCUUAACUCGAAAGUGGGAUGCAGAUGAAGAUGUUGAUCGGAAACACUGGGGCAAGUUUCUAGCUUUUUAUCAGUAUGCAAAAUCAUUUAAUUCAGAUGACUUUGAUUAUGAAGAGCUGAAGAAUGGGGAUUAUGUCUUCAUGAGGUGGAAGGAACAGUUCCUGGUCCCAGACCACACGAUCAAAGACAUCAGCGGUGCUUCCUUUGCCGGGUUCUACUACAUCUGCUUCCAGAAGUCGGCAGCCUCCAUAGAGGGCUACUAUUACCAUAGGAGUUCAGAAUGGUAUCAGUCGCUCAAUCUAACUCAUGUUCCUGAACACAGCGCACCCAUUUAUGAAUUCCGGUGACAGUGGUUCAGAACAGCAACCAAAUAAAACUGAACUUGGCAAAAAAGAACUUUGCCAAGAAAAUCGUGUACCUGCCAGAACCAGGAGAACAUGUGUUCCUGUUUCUUCACAAGCAGACUCGCAUCAGAAAGCAUGAAUGUUAACCCACAGAAUCCAAGGAGCAUGGCUGACCAGCAGGGCAGGUGGAGGAGGCUGUCUCCAUUCUUCCUCCCUCUCUGUGGCAGUUUAGUCUUAAUCUGUUUUUAAAGCUACCUUAUAUGCACUUUUCCUUCCUGCACAGCUAACUUCUGUAUCACUGAAAUGCCCAUUCCUUCUUCCAUUCCCACCUCUAGCCAAGUAGGUCAGCCCCUGGUCACCCUCGGCCUUGGUGCUCAGUGGUCCCCAUCCAGGCCCCCCACCCCCCCCAGUUGCUUAGUCUGGUAGCUUAAGAAAAGGCAGAACAGAGCCCUAGCACAUGUGUGCCCCCCAGAGCUCUGUGCAAGGAGUUGGUGAGCUGCAGCAGUAUCCGCCAAAAAAAUGUGGAGCGGAGGCUGAUUGUUUAACAGGGUCAGCUGGCGCUGCCCAGCCUUGUGAUGUUCACGACAAGCUAGUCAGUGGCUAUUAGGUUCCCUGGGCCUGCCAUCGGGGGUCACUGAAUUUAAGGCUUCCAGAUCCCUGGCAGGAACAGAUUCCAAUCCUGCUUACUCAGCACGUUUGCUCCAAAAUUUUGAACUUGAGGGCAAUACUAAACUUUAAAAAAAAAAAAAAAGAGUUUUUUUAUUACAAAAUUAUUUUUAUGGUCCCUUUAACAAGGACCCUAUGGCAAAUGCACAAUUAUUCAGAAUUACAUUUUAUCGUUUUCACAUUGAAAACAGCAAAUGUUGACUUAGUAAUUUUUAUACCUAUAUAUGUAAAUGUAUAUUUAAUCAACCAGCAGUUUGGAACUAGUCAUCCUGGUACAAAAGUUUUGCAGCAUUGCAUAAAUUAUAAUGCUAAACAUGAGAACUGUUUUUGAGGCCAGUUUAGCAUUUGUACCUCCUCCUUUUGCUACUCAAAACAGCAGUGCUUCGUGGCGACUUCUUCCAUCGGGCAGAAGGGGCCGUCUUUCUCCUAAAACAGUGACUCUGAAAUGGGAUGGGGGUGGGAUGGGAACAUGAACACGCUCAAAUAACUCAAGGCUCAUGUGCCAAAGUAAGUGUGUGUGUAUGUAUGUGUGUGUUUAUUUUGUUUUGUUUAAUGUUUAAAAAGCUUAAUAGGUUGGCAUCAGUUGUGGACCACAGAUAACAGGCAGGGCUUUGGGGAGGGAUUGGCAUUUUCUGGUGGUUUACAAACUUAGAGUACAAGAGGGAAAGCUUUAACAACAAGAUAGCAUUAUAACUCACAGGAGCAAAACAAGCUGAGAAUUGUAUAUCAUGGGCAGUGUAAAACAGCACAAAGCCCUUGGUCUAGAUGAGUGGCAAGAAGUCUUCUGUUCUUAAAAGAGUGGCUUUCCUUUUAAUGACAUGUGUACUGUAUGUUACUAAAGUUGAAUGUUAGGGGAAGCCUUAAAGAAGUACAUGGGAAAAUAGUCAGCAUUGGGACAUCUGGGAUGUAUAGUCCUAAGGCUUUGUGCAGAGGUGUGACCAACCCAUCUAGUCAGGCCAGGGCAAUGGAGCCUGAAAAAGUUGCCUCAGUGACUUCCGUGGAAAAAUGAUUCAUGUCCAUUCUCGGAGAUGAGUCACAAAUGUUUUUCUUGAUUUUAAAACUCCAGAAGGCAACAAAUGGGUAAGUCUGGUUAAACCCAGCUGAAGGCACAGUAAUUAGAUGACACUCACUGUAGCUUCAGUUUAGCUGAUGGGUAUCACCUAAGAAUAAAAGAGGCAGCAGGGCUUUGCUGACUUUAUGCAGCAUGAGCCUUUGCAUUUCACUUCCAUUCUCCCACAGCAUGCUUGUGAACAUUGUCUGCAUUUUGCAAGCUCCUUGAAGGAUAUAGGCCCUACUUAGAACACUGGGCAUGGCGGGGUCACCUUCUGGAGCUUGUCAGUGCCUCUGUGUGGCUCUAAGAGGCUGGUGGAUUGGCCAAUAGGGCGGAGAAGGACAUUUGCCAACGUUGAUGGUAUUCAGCUAGCCAGAUGGGCCAGGUUCUAUGUAGGAUUUUUUUCGUUUUUAGCUACGUAAUGAAGGGCACCAGUUUUGGGGGAAAUGAAGAAGUGAUACCUUUAUUAGAUCUUUCAGACACAUCUGUGAUGUGUGUGUAAAACCUGCCCAUCGAGGGCAGGGAAAGGAUUGUUUUCCACCUCCUCUCGGUAACUCCCAUGUAGUCCACAUCAACUCUUUUUCUCUUGCUUGGUUUCCAAAAGCACUUUGGGGAUCGUCUCCAUCUGCAAUUAUUCUUUCCAGAAUCUCAGUGGUUUACAUGCCUCUGGUACUAUGUGCAAUAGCUUUGGUUGACACUUGUAUUCAUCAUUCAGAAAUUAGUGCCGAUUGCAGAUUUUCUACCAUCUUCCUCUACCCCAAACAAGCCAGCCAAGAGGUGGGAUCCUGGAGAUUUGGCUGUUCUUACUCCACUGCCCAGAAAACUUCCAUUCUACAGUCUCAGCCUCAUCACUCUUCUGUGCUGGAAUUAUCCCUUCCCACCCACCCGUCCUUUUACACUUUACAGUUUUUCAGCUACAGCCCAAAAGUACCUGAGCAAUGCCUAAUAUGAAGUAGAACGUCCAUCUGAGGGCUGGGUCUGUUGAUGUGGAAAUCAGAAACCCCAUGGGAGCAGAGGGCUUCAAUGUCAUUUGUUUUCAGAACAGGGAAUUCCUAUUCUAAGGCCUUGAAAUGAUUUUUUUUUUCCUCAUAAAAUAGUCUGAUAAGCUAAUUCUUAAAAAGAAAUGCCAUUAAGUGUGUUGCAUUGUGGUUUAAAAUUACUAACAAGUUCUGGAAAAGAAAAUAUUCAAUUUUGAAUCCUAAUGCGUUUUUAAAAAUUAGAUGUGAAUGGGUGCAAAGUGUGAAUAUUUUGUUUCUUUAGGGAGGACAUGUGGAAAGGGUUUGAGGGUUUGGGAUGGGAGAAGUAUUUUGCAGAGCUAUCAAUGUCCAAAUAAUUUUUUUAAAAUAAAGGUAUUUAAGCAGUGA